AUGUCCGACCACGCCAUUCAACGCUCCCUUGAGCUGGACAAAAGCCUUCGCCGCGAGCAGGCCAGUUUUAUCGGUGGCCGCUUUGUAGCGCCGGCCUCGCAACACCGGGUGCCCGUCUACGACCCUGCGACCGAUGAGCGCCUGGGCGACCUGAUGGAAGCAGAUGCGGCUGAAGUGGAUCUGGCCGCGCGCACGGCCCGUGAAGCUUUUGAAGACGGCCGCUGGUCAGGGCUGACGGUUGAGCAGCGCCAGAACGCCUUGAUGAAAAUUCACGACGCCGUGAUUGCCGGGCAGUCGGAACUCGCGGAAAUCGAAAGCGCCACCACCGGCAUUCCGCUCGCACAGGUCAAGGGCUUUUACAUUCCGCGGUCGGCCUACAACUUCAAAUUUUUUGCGGAGUUCAUUGGACAGGUCGGCGGUGACCUGUACACGCAAGAGCCAGGUUACGUCACCAGUGUGUUCCGCGAGCCUGUCGGCGUCGCUGGCCUGCUUGGCCCCUGGAAUGCACCCGUCACCCUGUGCUCGAUGAAGAUUGCGGCAGCGAUUGCUUUCGGCAACACCUGCGUCGUCAAACCGUCUGAAAUCGCAGCUGCCGGCAUGCAGCGUUUUAUGGAAAUACUGCAAAGCACCGGCCUGCCGCCUGGCGUUGUCAACCUGGUCAAUGGCCGCGGCCCUGUCACCGGAACCGCACUGGUCGAGCACCCGGACAUCAACGUCAUCUCUUUCACCGGCGGCACCACCACCGGCCGUGCCAUCCUGUCGUCCGCAGCCAAGGGCCUCAAGGCCUGCACCAUGGAGCUGGGCGGCAAGUCGGCCAGCAUCAUUUGCGCCGAUGCAGAUUUCGAACGCGCACUCGACGCCGCCCUGCUCGGCAUUUACGGCGGUAACGGCCAGCAGUGCCUGGCUGGUUCACGCAUCCUGGUGGAGCGGUCCAUUGCAGACAAAUUCAUUGCGGCAUUCGUCGCACGUGUGAAAAACAUCAAGAUCGGCCACCCGUCACUGAUGGGUAGCGAAAUGGGUCCGCUCGCAUCGAAGGCGCACAUGGAGCGUGUGCUCUCGUAUGCCGAAGUUGCAAAAGCCGAUGGCGCAGAAAUCCUCACCGGCGGCAAGCGUGUCGAAUCCAUGGGCAAUGGUUAUUACAUCGAACCAACCGUGGUGCGCGUACCCAGCAAUGCAGCGCGCGUCUGCCAGGAGGAAAUCUUUGGCCCGUUUGCAACCUUUGUGACCUUCGACACAUUUGAAGAAGCACUCAACAUCGCCAACGACAGCACUUUUGGCCUGGUCGCCUAUGUAUGGACCAGCAACCUCGACAAGGCCAAUCAGGCCAUGCGCAAGCUGCGCACCGGCACGGUCUGGGUCAAUACCCCGGUUGUGCGCGAUCUGCGCUCAGCCUUUGGCGGCUACCGCGAGUCCGGCAUAGGCCGUGAAGGCGGCAAAGGCUGCAUGGCGCUUUACACCGAAGAAAAAACCACCAUGGUCGCCAUCGACAAGAUGCCGAUUCGCCGUCUCGGAGCUUCCACAUGA